AUGCAGCGGACCAGUGCCAUGAUUGCCGCCGAGCUCUACGCAGAGCAGCCCGACGUGACCUUUGACGAAGUGGUGACGGCGCGAAAGUUGAAGACACGGCAGCACAAGCUACGAGAGAUGCGCUUCAUGCUGCUCCCCGGCAGCACGCGGCUCAACGCCUGGCGUGCCUCCAUGGUCAUCACUGUCCUUCUCGCCGUCCUCUCCGCACCGCUUGAGAUGGCUUUCAGCUACAGCCAGCUCAUCUAUCAGUUCUACUGGGUGUCGAAGCUGAUCGACAUACUCUUCUGGCUGGACAUGAUCAUCAGCUUCAACGUGGCCACCAUCUCCCAUGGCAGGAUGGAGACAAAUCGCAACGUCUUGGCCAAGAACUAUGCGAAGUCGUGGCUUCUCCCUGACUUCCUCAUCAACUUCCCUUGGGACGAUGUUCUUCAGGAGCACGGGAAAACCCGGAAGAUUGCGAAGAUCCUGAAGCUUCCUAAGGUCUUCCGGGUGACGCGCUUGUUGCGGGUCGCAGACGAGGAGGCCCAGUUCUUCGGCACGGCCGCCAACAUCGGGGGGCUGCUUCUCAUGGGCCACUACCUGGCCUGCAUCUGGGUCGGCCUGCUCGUCGAUUGCACUUCAGAGCUCGACGCGCAGCAGCUCUGUCCAGACAUGCUUACCGUCUACCUGCAGGGGUUGUCCAUCGGCAUGGCCUCUCUGGCCGGCUCCGAUAGCUGGACGCGGUACAGCUUCGAGCAGGUGUCUGCUACAGAGCCGUGGGCCUUCCAAUGGCAUGCCUACUACACCGGGCUCUGCGAAGUUGUGGCUGCCUUGAGCUCCCUGCUUGGCGUCAUCCUCGUCGGCAUGCUCUACAGCAACCUGGCGCACGCCAUGGACCGCCACCACUCGCACACGCGCCUGUUCCAUGCGCGAGUGUCCAACCUCCAGGCUGCGGCCCAUCAGCACGCGAUCCCCAAAGAGCUCUUCGGUCGCAUCAAGCGGCACUACUACUACGUCUGGUCCUGCGGCUCGGACACCUCAAAGGCCAUUCUCACCGACGCCACGCUCUCCCUGGACUUGAGGCGCGAGCUGGCCUACUGCUUCUAUGGGCACAUCCUCAAGCAGGUGCCGUUUCUAGAGCUCACUGACAAGCACUUCUUGCAGCAGAUCUGCGAAUUUGUGGAGAUCGAGAUCUUUGCGGCGCAGGACCGCAUCAUCUGCGCCGGGGAUGUUGGAACCGAGCUGUACUUCGUCGCGGUGGGUGAGGUCGAAGUCGUUUUACCCAGCGGCCUGAUCGACCGCAAGGGCACCGUCAUCAAGACCCUGCAUGAAGGAUCGUUCUUCGGCGAGCUCGGGCUGCUCUUCCCCGACUCCAAGCACAAGGUGGACGUCUUCGGCUCGACAGCCGGGUGGCUUCUGGUGGUGCCCAGGGGCACCCUGGAGAAGUUCUGCACCGAGGAGCUGUUGGAGACCUUUCGGUUCGUGGCUUUGGAGCGACUGCGCAAGCAUUCUGAGAUGGCGACAGGGGUGGCUUCAGACGAGGUCUGGUGGGGCCUGGGGAUCUUCACUUGUAGGUGCCUUCGGAGCACGGUAAAUGCUUAG